AUGAUUAUCUCAGGUGACGACGAGAAGAUUCGCAGCCUGGAACUCGUCGACAGGGCGUCUGGCUCGAUCCCGAUGGUCCAUGUCCACGACCUCUGCCGCGCAAAGAUCUUCUUAGCCGAGGAGGAGGCUGCGUCAGGAAGAUAUAUCUGCAGCAGCCUCGACACCACCCUCGCGGAGCUAGCCACCUUCCUGGCCGCCAAGUACCAACAGUAUAACGUCAAUACCGACAGGUUUGGUGGUCGCCCCGAGAAGUUGAGAGUCUGCAUUUCGUCGGCGAAACUCAUCGGGGAAGGGUUUGAGUUCAGGUACAAGGCGUUGGACGAAAUAUACGACGACGUCGUCAACUAUGGAAGGUCCUUGGGAAUCCUUCCGUACUAG